CUUGGAACUCGACCAUAUCGACUGUUGCUCUUGGGUACUACUUGGAUCGGUUAGAGGAGAGUAAAAUAUGGCGACCGAACAACCUGCUACUGAUGUUCCUGCCGACGCUCCCGUUGCAGCCCCCGAGCCUGCACCUGCCGCACCUGCCGAGCCUGCACCGUCUGAGCCAGCCCCGAACGAGUCUCAUCCAGACGAAGGCAAGGUCGUAGCACCUGAGAUCGAAGCUGCGGCGGUUCCCGAUGUCACCCCCGCCGCUGCAGAGGUCGUACCCGUGGCCCAGGAGGGGAGCAGAUUAGUGCUGCAUCACCUGAACAACAGCAGGAGCCAAAGGAUCUUGUGGUUACUCGAGGAGCUCGGAGUUCCCUACGAGAUCAAGUCCUACCAUCGUCUUCCAUCGAUGCAGGCCCCUCCGGAGCUUAAGGCUAUCCAUCCACUCGGGAAGAGUCCUGUGAUGCAGGACGGGGAUGUCAAGCUCGCGGAGAGCGGGGCGAUCAUCGAGUACUUGAUCAAGAAGUAUGGAAAGGGGAGGUUUGACCCGGGAGAGGAUGGAUGGGUGGAUAACCUGUACUACACGCACUAUGCGGAAGGCAGUCUCCAGCCUAUCAUCGUCAUGAGCCUCAUAUUUAGCAUCCUCCCCCCUCGGGCACCGUUCUUCAUCCGCCCUAUCGCGCGCCUUAUUUGUAACAACGUACAGCAUUUGCUUAUCGAGCCGCAGCUCAAAGAGAAUGCGGAGAUGAUCGAAGCUCAUCUCUCAAAAUCCUCUACCGGUUGGUUCGCAUCUGCCCCGAACCCGACGUCUGCCGACUUCCUCAUGAUAUUCACCCUGGAGACGCUGGUUUCCCGAGGACCAGGGGUGGGACCGAAGAUCAAGGAGUACGUGGCGAGGGUACAUGAGAGGGAGGCGUGGAAGCGCGGAAUUGAGAGGGGUGGGAAGUAUACGGUGGCUUAAAAUAGAUGGCAAGUUCGAUACUACUGUCAGCCCACUUUGUUCGCAUUCCAAUUUGAUUGGGUUGUGUCAUGGGAAACACGGGGAAAUACAUCGCAUAAAUACGAGGUCCAGCCUGCGGAGUUACUAUGAAAGAAGGAUAACGGCAUACGACUUUAACAACAGAAAGCGGAUAAGAAAUAUGAA